AUGGCGGCCGUACAAGGUGGUAUGGCCGACGCGAAAGACGAUGUAGACAUAAAAACAGAGCCACAAAGCGAUGGCUUUGCAAAUAGCAACGCGAACGACACCCGGGUGCUUUCCGCGUCUCCCGGGGCAACCGCCACCGCGGCCGGGGGCCCAAAACCGGCCGGCGGGGCCCCGGAGGACCAGCAAACGCUGCUGGCGGUCCUGCAGUUCCUCGCCAAGAACAAACUCACCGAGUCGGCUGAAAUUUUGCGACGGGAAGCGGGGCUGCCGGAAGAUGCGCUGGACCCGAAAGGGAGCGACCCCAGCGGACCGGGAGGUGCUGCGGGCGGUGCGGAUGCGGAAGGCGGGGACGGGACCUCCCUGCUCAGCCGGGUCACCAUCCCUCCCUCCGCCGCAGCUCCAGCGCCGGUUAAGGCAGCAGCUGGAGACGACCAGCCAGAUGUCAGCGUGGUGCUCUCGGCCUACAGCCAGCAGGGAGACCCCCUGCUCUACAAGGUCUACUACAGAGACCUGAAGAAGUUCAUCGAAACGGUUCUGGACUGUCACCGGGCGGAGCUGUCGCAGGUCUUCUACCCGCUCUUCGUCCACAUGUACCUGGAACUGGUCUACAACAACCACGAGAGCGAGGCCAAGGCCUUCUUCGAAAAGUUCAGCGGGGACCAGGAGUGCUACUACGAGGAGGACCUGCGCAUUUUGUCCAGCCUCAGCAAGAAGGAGCACAUGAGGGGCAACGAGACCCUGCUGGACUUCCGCACCAGCAAGUUCGUGCUGCGCAUCUCGCGCGACUCCUACCAGCUGCUGAAGAGGCACCUGCAGGAGCGCCAGAACAACCAGAUCUGGAACAUCAUCCAGGAGCACCUCUACAUCGACAUCUUCGAUGGCAUGCCGCGCAGCAAGAGCCAGAUCGACGCCAUGUCGGGCAGCCUGGCGGGGGAGGCCAAGCGAGAGGCCAACAAGGCCAAGGUCUACUACGGACUCCUGAAGGAGCCGGAGAUCGAGCUGCCCCUGGACGACGAGGACGAGGAAGCGGAGAACGAAGAGGGCAAGCCCAAGAAGAAGAAGCCCAAAAAGGACAGCAUGGGCUCCAAAAGCAAGAAGCAGGAUCCGAACGCCCCGGCGCAGACCAGGAUUCCUCUCCCGGAGCUAAAGGACUCCGACAAGCUGGACAAGAUCAUGUACAUGAAGGAGGCCACCAAGAAAAUCCGCCUGGGGCCGGAUAACCUCCCCUCCAUCUGCUUCUACUCGUUUCUCAAUGCCUAUCAGGGCCUGACGGCGGUGGACUUCACGGACGACUCCAGCCUGGUGGCCGGGGGCUUCGCUGACUCCACGGUGCGGGUGUGGAGCGUCACGCCCAAGAAGCUGCGGAAGGUGAAGUCGGCGGCGGACCUGAACCUGAUCGACAAAGAGUCGGACGACGUCCUGGAGAGAAUCAUGGACGAGAAGACGGCCAGCGAGUCCAAGAUCCUGUACGGCCACAGCGGGCCGGUGUACGGCAUCAGCUUCAGCCCCGACCGAAACUAUCUGCUGUCAAGUUCGGAGGACGGGACGGUCCGGCUGUGGAGCCUCCAGACCUUCACCUGCCUGGUGGGCUACAAGGGCCACAACUACCCCGUGUGGGACACGCAGUUCUCCCCCUACGGCUACUACUUUGUGUCUGGAGGGCACGACCGGGUUGCUCGCCUUUGGGCCACGGACCACUACCAGCCACUCAGGAUAUUCGCCGGGCACCUGGCCGACGUCACCUGCACGCGCUUCCACCCCAACUCCAACUACGUGGUGACGGGCUCCUCGGACCGCACCAUCCGCCUCUGGGACGUGCUCACCGGAAACUGCGUCCGCAUCUUCACCGGUCACAAGGGCCCCAUCCACGCUCUGGCUUUUUCUCCCAACGGGAAAUUCCUGGCCUCCGGGGCCACUGAUGGCCGAGUCCUCCUGUGGGACAUCGGUCACGGACUGAUGAUCGGAGAGCUGAAGGGCCACACGGACACCGUCUUUUCGCUGAGGUUCAGCCGCGACGGGGAGAUCCUCGCCUCAGGUUCUAUGGACAAUACCGUGCGCCUGUGGGAUGCAACGAAAGCGUUUGAUGAUUUAGAGACAGACGACUUCACAGCAGCUACGGGACACAUCCAUCUACAGGACAACUCCCAGGAGCUGCUCCUGGGCACCUACAUGACUAAAUCCAGCCCCGUCAUCCACCUCCACUUCACACGGAGGAACCUGCUCCUGUCGGCGGGGGGUUACAAUCCAUGA